GUCUGCCGACUGCGAGGCCGCUGACGAGGCGGAGACGGGCGGCCCGGCAGAAACGGAAGGCCCUUCGCUGUGGACUCCCGAAGAACCGGCUGAGGAGCCCCCGGUCACCACUGCGCCGGCCGGGGACUCCGCCGCCAGGGUCGCCCCCGCGCCACCACUGAGGAGAGAAGCCCCUCUUCCACCUGCUGCGGACAUGAGCAGCCCCAGGGUAACGGCCUGUGCCGAGACGCGGCAGGGUGCCCGGCUAUUGGAGGAGAACACCCGACGGAUGCGGGAGAACUUGCAGAGGCUCCGCUUCGAGAACCGACGCUACCGAGUUCGUCCACACGACGGAGCGGAGCACAGCGAGGUUCUUUGCGAAGGGGAGAGCACCCCGCUCCAGCUGGAGUCCAGGAAGAAGUUCGAGGACAUGCGCAGAAAGAUUGCAGCCCUCGAGGAAUCCACGGAUGUUGAGCGCCAGCGGUUGAAGAUGGAGCAGCAGGAGGCGGAGGAGCGCCGACGUGCGCAGGAGGCCUUCGAACGGAAGCUGCAGGAACAAGUCGAGCGCGACCUUCGCGAACACCGCGAGCGGGAGGCUCGAGAAGCCGCCGAACAGUCUGCAAGAGAGGACGAGGUCCGGCAAGCACUGGCAGAGCGCUGUCAGCGGCGCCGAGAGCAACAGCUGCAGGAGGAGGAGCGGUCCAGACAGCUGGAGGAGCAGCGGCAAGGCGUGGCGCAGGCCCGAUGGCAACAGUUCGAGGAGGAGCUGGAGCGCCACUGGGCCGAGCAAGAGGCCGAGGAGCGACGGCGCCUGGACGAUUACGCCCGCGACCGACGGCGGCAAUUCGAGGAGUGGGAGCGGUGUCUGGCUGCAGAGAGGCAGAGAUACGCCACAGAAGCCGAGUUCUGCGCAGCUGCACGCCGCCAGGAGGCACGGACAGCCGCCCAGGCCGACGAGCAGUUCUACGCGCCACAGCGUGAGACGGCUCCAGGGCCCUGGCCAUCCACGGCAUCCGCAUCCGCGACCCCAUCACCGCCAUCAGGAUCACCCGUGAGAGGGGUCUCGGGCCGUCUCGGCCCCCAGGAGAGGGCGCUUCUCAAGGAGUUGCAGUCGGUUCAGAUGGCCCCGCGGGAGAUUCAGAAGGCCAAAGUCAAGGACCUCCUGCUGCGGUGGCACCCUGACAAGAAUCCAGGCUGCCCCGAGAAG